UGUGCCUGGGGAGGUGCAGUAGGGGAUGGGGUGUUAGCUACAGAGGGCCCUGGGAAUGGGGCAUGUGGCAAAGAGGCCCCCUGAAGGGGGUUGUGGGAGAAAAUCAUGCCCAGGUGAGGACCUGAGUGGCUGCCCCCCGCACCUGUCUGGGGAGUACAAGAGCAGAUGUUUGGGGACUGCCAGCUUGCAGAGUGUGUGAUUGGUGGGGGCCAGAAUGCACAUGUUGGGGACUCUCUAGGUUCAUCUUGCUUGUCCUGCCUUUGAGCAUUUUGUGUAGGUGUCUUUCUAAGGUCAUUUGCCAGGGACCAGUUUUGUGGAAGACCAUUUUUCCACCGAUCAGAGUGAGGGGGAGUGGUUUUGGGAUGCAGCUGUUCCACUCAGAUCAUCAGGCAUUCGUUAGACUCAUAAGGAGCACACCACCUAGAUCCCCCAGCAUGUUUGGUUCUCAGUAGAGUUCACACUCCUGUGAGAAUCUAAUGCUGCUGCUGAUCUGACAGGAGGUGGAGCUUAGACAGUCAUGCUCGCUCACCUCCUGCUGUUCGCCUGGUUCCUGACAGGCCAGGGACCAGUACUGGUUCAUGGCCCGGGGGUUGAGAACCCCUGUUCUAAUAUAUGAAUAGAACUGUUUGUUUAUUGGUUCCCGUCCUGAGAGAUGUGUGUUACUGCUGCUUUUGCUCUCUUAAAAACAGUGCUGCAGUGAAUAUCCUCAUAUCCAUCUGCUCCUGCACCAUGUGAGGGUUUUUCUAGAAUGGCAACUUGGUAAUGAAAUUGAUGAGUAUGUACAGUCUUGAACCUCAACAUCUGUAACUUUCCAAAGUUGAUUUUAGAGUUGGGUUUAGGAGACCACAUCACCUCUGGGUACGUUAGCUGUUGUCUCCACAACGAGACAGUGAGACCGCUUUGGGAUGGCAGAGUCUGAGUGAGAUGGCCCUCUCGCCAAUGCCCUUCAAAGCAGAAUCCCCCUUGAUAGCACUCCUCUCUGGUCCAGUCCACCUGACAGUCUGCUCUACAGCUCUCUAGUGAUGGGUCUGCUGGCUGGCUCUGUCAUUCACUCAUUCGUUCAUCCAUCUAUCCAUCCAUCCAUCCAUCUAUUCAACAAAUACCUAUUUCACACUCACCACGUGCCAGGCACAGUGCUGGGAUUAUGGCAGCGGACUGCCAAAUAGUUUGUUUUCCUGCUGAAGCCCAAGUCUGUCUUCCUUUCACUGGGCCCCACCAUGCCCCAGUCCUGGGACCUCAGAGUAAAGACUAAUUGAGAAUGAAUCAAUGUGCUGUGUCACAUUGUAAGUAAACUCCCUUCUCUAGAAACAUUUUUGGUGAGAAGCUGGUCAGGAUUUUCCCAAGAAAUUCCUGGUAUGGUUCCAGAUUCAUAGAGCACAGUGGAAGAGAGUAUGGAUAUUUCUUCCCUUCUGAGACCCCCAAUAUGAGGCUAAUGGGCUCAGGCAAUCCAGUGACUUCUCUCUCCCUCUGGUUGUGAAACAAACAGGAAGUGAAUCUCCUAGAAGGAGCCUACCUGAGCUCAUUGAAACAAACAAACAAAAAAAACCCAUACAUUUCUUUCUUGUCCCUGUAUGGGUGAUUCUUUGCAAGUAAAUUUGCCACUCACCAAAGAUAGCAUCUCAGAGCUUCCUGGGACCUGCUUCCUCCUUCUCACCGAUUUUAUUGAUUAUGUGUACACAGACAAAUUUCUAACCUAAUAGACAAAGUACUUUAAUCAAAUCCAGCCGCAAAGAUUUGGCAAAGUGGCCCCAAAACCAACAGGAAUGGAAUCAGAUUGAAGCCGCAUGUAGUAGCUGUUGGCCUCACUCCCUUACCCUUUGGAACUGGGCUUGACUCUCUCUGGGGAUUCGGCAGACAGUGUGGGAGGGGCCAGGCUGGGAGGGGCAGGGCCUAAAGGGAUAAACCCAGAGGGUUAAAGGCCCUGAGGAAAUUCAAGUCUAGCAGAGAGAUCAUAAAUCGAGGCGGUUGGCUGCAGACAGCAGGUGGCGGCUCUGGCAGGUGACUGGCAUCUGGGAGGGGUGACAUGGGUCCAGCAGCAGGUGUUCCAGCUGCAGGCAAGGCCAAAGUGAGGACUCCAAGUCAGGGACAUUCAGAAAUUCAGAAAAAUUGUUGCUAAUGGGGACAUCUGCCAGCUGAGAGGCAUGUGAAGGCAGCGUGUGAACUAAUUCACAUGAAAUGAAGAAGAAAGAACACAGAGUUUGGAAUCAGAAGAUUCCACUGACUGGCUUUGUGAGUUUUAUGUAUCUGUCAACCUCUCUGAGCUUCAGUUGCUUCUUUUUUUUUUUUUUUAAAUUAAAAAAAUUUUCUUUAUAUGGUACACUAUGGAGGAUUUAAAAAAAAAUAAUAUUUAUUUAUUUUAAAAGAAAUAUGAGGUCUCACUAUGUUGCCCAGGCUGGUCUUGAACUCCUGAGCUCAAGUGAUCUUCCUACCUUGGCUUCCCAAAGUGCUAGGAUUACAGGUGUGAGCCACCAUCCCCAGCCCGGUUAUUUCUUUUGAGAAGUGGGGAGAAUGAUACCUAUCCCGCAGAGUCAUGGUGGGGCUAGGUGGAGGUUAUGGAAGUGGAAGUGCUUUUUGACUCAGAAAGAGUUGUUAUAAUCUUAGCUUUAGACUGGAGUUCGCAGGGAGGAGUCUCGUUCUCUGGGGAGGCGGGGGUGGAAGAGCUGGGAAAGCAAGACAGGGCCCUAGAAGAAUAAAGGUCUAGGAAGGUAACUAAGAUAGGGGCUCUGACAAGGGGACAUGACAAGCAGAGGGUGUAGUGGUGAGGAGGCCAGUGCAUCAGUUAGCUUUUGCUGUGUAACAAACCAUCCUGCUGUGUAGUGGGUUAAAACAACUGUGAUUUAAUUUCCCUGAUUUUGUGGGUUGGUUGGGUGGUUCUUCUGGCCUGAGCUUGCUUAGCUGGGGCUGGGUGGUCCAGGAUGGCCUCACUCACAUACCUGGUGUCUUAACUGGGAAAACUGCAAUGUCUGGGAUGACUAGGCCCCUUUCAAUGUGGUCUUUCCUCCUCAGCUUCCUUCACAUGGUGGUCUCACCAGCAAGGAAGGCCAAGACCCCGGUCACAAGCACUUUCUAAGCCUCUGCUCACAUUUGCUAAUGGCCCAUUGUCUAAAGCAAGUCACAUCUGUCAAACUCAGAUGAAACAGUUCCUUUACUUUCUGGCACACUACUCUCGGGGACAUUUUUCAGCUUUUAAUUUUACUAUUUAAUUAUGAACCAGGGCUUCAGAUGGGAAUUCCCUGUCUUUUGUGAUGAUCAGAGGGGUUGAAGUGGAGGUCGGAGGGAAACCUUCUCAAUGAAAUGACUGUGUGGUGUUUGUAUUUGCAGUCUGCUAUGGCUCUGGAUUGGGAGCAGACAGCAGAGUGCAGGCUGGCUCCACUGUGAGCCUAGCUGUGUCUUCCAUCCAAGCUUCUGGUUUACUGUGAGCUUUAGCCCUGCUUUGCUGAGGAUGAUUUUCAGAGCAGAAUGAAAUGAAUGGCUACCACAGAAAUUAAAAUCACUCUUCAAGUUCUGGGCCAUGUGUCACUUAAUAUGAAAAAGGAUAAGUCUUAGCAAAAUAGUGAAUAAAAAAAAAUAAGGGAAAUAAUUGUUCACUUAAUAUUAACUGAAAAAAAUCAGGUUCCAGGGUUGGAUAAAAUCGUGAUUCCCUUUUCUUAAUGUCAUAGAAAAUGCAUUUGGACAGACACGAUUCCCUUUUUUACAAAGGGAAAAAUAACUAUUCAUUUCAGAAGUAUGUGGAAUAUAUACAGACACAUUAAAACUCUUUAACAGGGAAGCCAGGCAAUGAUGAGCACCCUAAAUCAAGAUGGUGCUUUGUGCAGGCGGGAGGGUAAGUGGGGCAUGUGCUCAGAUGUUGGAUAUUGUCAAGAGCUUUGUAUUUUAGUUUGGGUGUUGGGUUCUCUGAGAUCCUUGUUAUAUAAUUUUAAAAAAUCUAAUUUAGGCUGGGUGUGGUGGCUCACGCCUGUAAUCCCAGCACUUUGGGAGGCCAAGGCAGGUGGACCGCCUGAGCUCAGGAGUUUGUGAUCAUCCUGGGCAACAUGGUGAAACCAUCUCUACUAAAAUACAAAAAAUUGGUUGGGCGUGAUGGCGCAUGCCUGUAGUCCCAGAGACUUUCGAGGCUGAGACAUGAAAAUUGCCUGAGCCUGGGAGGCGGCGGUUUCAGUGAGCCGAGAUUGUGUCACUGCACUCCAGCUUGGGCUACAGAGUUUCAAAAAAAAAAAAAUCUAUGUUAAUACUAACACAAGCCACGCACAAACCAAUGUUGAGAACAUGUUAUGAACCAAGGAUUGUGAUUCAUCCAAUUCUGAAAGUCCGAAAAAGUGUGUGGCAAAUUGUGCUACAUGCUGAGUGUUCUUGGUGCUGGUCAAUCAACUGUUUAGUUCAGCCCACUGAGGUGUUGGUUUUGUAUUUAAGUGAUUAAAUGUUUCGAGUUUUCUCUGGGCUGUGAGGUUGAGCUUGGAGAGCUGUGUUUUCACAUCUGUGGGUAUAAAAUGUCCAGGGUGGCCACAGGAGGAGGAAUGGAUUAGCCCCUGGUGGGAAUAUCACUGAGUUAAAGAUGGGAGGUAAACAGCUUAGGAGGCACCCUGGCUUCCCCCAAUCAAACACGUCUCCUCAGAAAACUUGUCCUCCAUCCAUGGAGCAGAUGGUGCUAAAGUCAAAAUGAGGGACCUCUCUAAUGCUCACAUCAGGACACCUGGGCCAGAGCUGGCUCCUGUUAACCCAAAAGAGCCAUGCAAGGGUUGCCAUGGUGAGUUUGUUGCUGCCUGAGUGCCUUUGUUUAUUCUUGAAACUCAGUUGUUGGGGCUUUGAUUCUCAGCAUUGUCCGGCACAGGGGUAAUAGAGCCAGGACGCCUCCCUCACUCUGGGGCUCCGUGGGCUGGGCCGAGCUAAAUGACUGAACAUCACACAGGGCUCUGUGGAAGACCAACCCUCUGGGGCUUGUUCCUGUCCCCAGUGCUGUUCCUUUGCCCCAUUAGUUAUCUGUUUCCCCAGUAGGCUGUGGGUGUCAGUCUAAAAUGCUGCCCACCUGGCAGAGGAUGCUUUAGGAGGCGAUUGGGCCAUGUGGGCUGCUGUUCCCUGGCCUGUUUGGGAAAAGAGAAGGCAGAAAGGAUCUGACCUUGACUGAGCACCUGCUGAGUGCCAGGCAUUGUGUCCAUCUCACCAACUCCUCUUAGCAGUCCUAUGAGGUGUUAUUCAAAUCUCACUAUCUCAUGGCUAAACGAGCUUUCUAUUAUGAAAAAAUUUAAAAAUAUAUUCCGAACCUCCAUCACCCAGCACCCCACUUCAGCAUUUAACAAGUCUUGUUAUCUUGUUUCCUCCAUACCUUCACCCCCUUACCUCUCUCCUCUAUUGUUUGGAAUAGAUCUCAGCCAUAAUAGAUUGUAUCUGUGUUUGAUUAUGUCUAUCAGCUGAAAAGGAUUCUUUAAAAAAAGUUACACUAUUAUUCUCACACCUCCUAAAAAAAAAAAAACCAAUAGUUUUCUUGUGAAUUUUUAAAAUUAAAAACAAUUUUAAAAAUGGAGAUGGGUUGCUAUUAAAAGAAAGUCAGAGGGAGAAAAAAAAAACAAGGAAAAAGAAGAAAAAAAUAAAAAUGGAGAUGGGGUUUUGCUGUCUCAAACUCCUGGGCUCGAGUGAUCUUCCUGCCUUGGCCUCCCAAAGUGCUGGGAUUACAGUUGUGAGCCAUUGUGCCCAGUCGUGAAUUUUUAAUAGAUGAUAUUGGGAUGUCUGGAAAGUCAUAUUGAAAGAUAUCAAAGUGGAUCCAGACCUCACAUAAUAUAUCAGAAUAAACUCCAAGUGGAUCAGAGAUCUCUUUUUGAAAAUAUAAAUCAUACAUGUCCUAGAGGAAAACAAGGCUCUUUAUAUGGGAAAAGCAAGCCCCACUGAGAGAUCAUUUCUCCUCCAUGUGAUCGGAGACAUGCAAAUAUUUGAUCAACACUCUGGUGGUGAGCUUCAAGAAAAUCCCUCAUACAGUGCUAGCAGGAUGGCAAAUUGGCUCCAGUCCCAGAGAGGGGAAUUUGUCAAUAUCUAAGAAAAUUACGUAUGUAUUUACUGCUUGACCCAGCAAGACUUCUAGGAAUUUACAUGGAAGAUCUCCACAGAUGUAGAAUACUAUGCCAGAGUCGUUUACUGCAACACUAUUUGCAAUAGCAAAGUAUUAGAAACAACCUAAAAAAAAAACCAAAAACCUAGCUUUCAAAAUUCAGAUGCACGAAAGAUUAAUAAAUUCACUCACAUUAAUUUUUUUUUUUUUUUCCGAGCCAGGGUCUUGCUCUGUCAUUCAGGCUGGAGUGCAAUGGUGCAAAUAGUGCUCACUGCAGCCUCAACAUCCUGGGUUCAAGUGAUCCUUCCACCUCAGCUCCCCAAGUAAGAGUAGCAGGGAUCUCAAGUACAUGCCACCAUGCUCUGGUAAUUUAAAGAAUAUUUUGUGGCAACAGGGGCUUGCCGUGUUGCCCUGGCUGGUCUUAAAUUCCUGGGCUCAAAUAGUCUUCCCUCCCAAAGUGCUGGGAUUACAGGUGUGAGCCACUGCACCUGACCUAAAUUUUUUUUGCAUGCAAAAACACUGGAAACAGAGUGAAAAGACAAGUGGCAAACUGGGGGAGAUGAUUUGCAAGAGAUAUCACAAAGGGCUAAUUUUCCCAAUAGAAAACAUUUUUAAAAAUGGGGAAAAGACUAAAAACCAAGACCUGACAGAAAAACUGGGAAAGACAUGAGUAGACAGUUCAUAGAAAAUGAUAUACACAUGGCCCUUAGACAUGUGAAGAGAUGCUUGACUUCACUCAUAGAAAGCAAAAUGCAAAGCAAGCCCCACUGAGAGAUCAUUUCUCCUCCAUGUGAUCGGAGACAUGCAAAUAUUUGAUCAACACUCUGGUGGUGAACUUCAAGAAAAUCCCUCAUACAGUGCUAGCAGGAUGGCAAAUUGGCUCCAGUCCCAGAGAGGGGAAUUUGUCAAUAUCUAAGAAAAUUACGUAUGUAUUUACUGCUUGACCCAGCAAGACUUCUAGGAAUUUACAUGGAAGAUCUCCACAGAUGUAGAAUACUAUGCCAGAGUCGUUUACUGCAACACUAUUUGCAAUAGCAAAGUAUUAGAAACAACCUAAAUACCCAUGGAGACUGGUUGAAUAAAUUACAGGAAUCCAGUCAUGCAGUGGAGUCAAAUGAAGCAUUUAAGAUAAUAGGACCGGCGCGGUGGCUCAUGCUUGUAAUCCCAACCUGGGAGGUAGAGGUUGCAGUGAGCGGAGAUCGUGCCACUGCACUCCAUCCUUGGUGACAGAGCAAGACUCUGUCUCAAACAAACAAACAAUAAUAAUAAUAGAGGAAGAUCUCCAUGCAGUUUCAUGGGCUGAUUUCCAUGGCAUAUUUUUCAGUAAAAAGCCAGAAAACGAACCAGUUAAACAAAAGCUCCAGGGUAUCAAAGAAUGUGUACAAUUUUAUGUAAGAAAGAAAGGGCAAUUUAUUUUAUUUUAUUUUUUUGAGACAGAGUCUCGGUCUGUUGCCCAGGCUGGAGUGGAGUGGUACGAUCUCAGUUCCCUGCAACCUCUGCCUCCUGGGUCAAAGCAAUUCUCAUGCCUCAGCCUCCCGAGUAGCUGGGAUUACAGGCGUGCACCACCACACCCAGCUAAUUUUGUAUUUUUAAUAGAGAUGGAGUUUCACCAUGUUGGUCAGGCUGGUCUCAAACUCCUGACCUCAGGUGAUCCACCCACCUCGGCCUCCCAAAGUGUUGGGAUUACAGGUGUGAGCCACCGCCUGACCUUUAGCAGUGAUUUCUGAGAUUUUGAUGCACCCAUCACCCGAGUAGUGUACACUAUGCCCACUGUGUAGUCCUUCAUCUCUUACACCCCUAAGACCUUUCCCUCCUGACUUUUACUUAAUAGAUUUGUGAUAGGUGUAGUGGUUGUACAGCAAUUCUGAAACUGCUUUGAAUAUUGAAGCGCAGAACAAGUAAGUAAAUAUAUUGGUGUUAUUGGGAACUAAGUUCACACUGAAGGAGAAGGAAGACACAAAUAUGGAAUGGGGGAAGGUGAGAAAAAUCCUGUAGAGUUUGAUUUUAUUUGGAGCCAUCAGUAUCUACUAAUGUUACCAAAGAAAUGACGCCCCAGAAACAGUGGGUACUGAGUGCCCACAUCUUGCUUUCUAAAUACUGUUCCCUGCCAAAAGGAGUCAGGGUUCCUUUGAGAAAUUGCUGAUUCCAGACCUGGAGUAGGGAAAGUAUCAGAUGAUCCUGUGUGGGAAGGGAAGAAGAUGGGAAUAUGUGAACAGGACAGAGGUGUGAAAGAGGCCCCCACUGGACACAUUUGGGAUAAACUGGGUCAAUGAAGAUAGUGAUAGUAAUGGAUUCAAAUACACGGAAUAAAAGUUCAUAGUGAUAUGAGAGAAGAGAAAGAGGAGUGUGGUGGGAGGGAGAAAAGAAAAGCUCAUUCUUUUUUGUUUUAGGACAGAGUUUCACUCUUGUUGCCCAAGCUGGAGUGCAAUGGCACGAUCUCGGCUCAGUGCAACCUCUGCCUCCCAGGUUCAAGCGAUUCUUCUGCCUCAGCCUCCGGAGUAGCUGGGAUUAUAGGUGCUUACCACCACACCCAGCUAAUGUUUUAUAUUUUUAGUAGAGACGGGGUUUCGCCAUGUUAUCCAGGCUGUUUCUUAAACUCCUGACCUCAGGCGAUCCACCCAUCUUGGCCUCCCUAAGUGCAGGGAUUAUGGGUAUGAGCUUCCACGCCUGGCUGAAAAGCUCAUUCUUAUAGUAGAAUGUCAAUAAAUGUAGAGGGAAUGAUGGGAGUUAUGUAGUAACUAUUUUGCAACCUCCAGUAUAAUAAUUCAUUUAGGCAGGGUCAUAAAUUGAUGCUAAAUCCACUGGUGAAGGACUUUGGAGGAACAUAAUGGUCACAUAGUCUCAAAAUAUGGGAAAGACAAAGAUGCAAGAUCACCUACAUAGAACUCUUGUCAAAAGGACUCACUCAAGUCUAAUAAUGAGGAAACAAUCACAUAAAUCUAGUGGUAGAGCAUUCUAAAAACUACUGGCCUGAAGUCUAAAAAUGUCUAGGUCAGGUGCAGUGGCUCACGCCUGUAAUCCCAGGCUUUGGGAGCCUGAGGUGAGAGGAUCGCUUGAAGCCAAGAGUUUGAGACCAGCCUAGGCGAUGUAGUGAGACCCUGUCUCUGUAAAAUAAAAACAGAAACAAAAGACAACAAAUGUCCUGAAAGUCUAAAAGUUAUUGGGAUCUGUGCUAGAUUAGAGGAGAAUAAAGAGAUGUGCCGACCAAAUACAACAUAUAAUCAAUUAGAUCCUGAAAAAAUAGAAUGAUAAAGGAUACUUUUGGGACAAGAGUGAACAUUUGAAUAUGGACUGUCUUACAUAAUGUGUUAACGUAUCAAUGUUAAAUUUCUUGCAGGUGAUAAUGGUAUUGUGGUCUAUACAGCAGAACGGCUUUGUUCCUAUGAAAUACAUGCUGAAAUGCUUUGGGAAAAAGUGACUUGUGUUGUCUGCAGUGAUCUUUCAAAGAUUCAGAGGGGAAAAAAGGUCCUAGUCAUUUUGGGGAAGAAAGGAGACAGCAAGGAAUGCAUACACAUGUGUGGGCCCAUGAGAGACUGGAGGAAACGAAGCUGGAGGCUGUGAGAGACAACAACCUGGAGCUGGUGCAGGAGAUCCUGCGAGACCUGGCACAGCUGGCUGAGCAGAGCAGCACAGCUGCAGAGCUGGCCCGCAUCCUCCAGGAGCCCCAUUUCCAGUCCCUCCUGGAGACGCAUGACUCUGUGGCCUCAAAGACCUAUGAGACACCACCCCCCAGCCCUGGCCUGGACCCGACAUUCAGCAACCAGCCAGUACCUCCUGAUGCUGUGCGCAUGGUGGGCAUCCGCAAGACAGCCGGAGAACAUCUGGGUGUAACGUUCCGAGUGGAGGGCGGCGAGCUGGUGAUUGCUCGCAUUCUGCACGGGGGCAUGGUGGCUCAGCAAGGCCUGCUGCACGUGGGUGACAUCAUCAAGGAGGUGAACGGGCAGCUGGUGGGCAGUGACCCCCGAGCGCUGCAGGAGCUCCUGCGCAAUGCCAGUGGCAGUGUCAUCCUCAAGAUCCUGCCCAGCUACCAGGAGCCCCAUCUGCCCCGCCAGGUAUUUGUGAAAUGCCACUUUGACUAUGACCCGGCCCGAGACAGCCUCAUCCCCUGCAAGGAAGCAGGCCUGUGCUUCAAUGCUGGGGACUUGCUCCAGAUCGUAAACCAGGAUGAUGCCAACUGGUGGCAGGCGUGUCAUGUGGAAGGGGGCAGUGCCGGCCUCAUCCCCAGCCAGCUGCUGGAGGAGAAGCGGAAAGCAUUUGUCAAGAGGGACCUGGAGCUGACACCAAACUCAGGGACCCUAUGUGGCAGCCUUUCAGGAAAGAAAAAGAAGCGAAUGAUGUAUUUGACCACCAAGAAUGCAGAGUUUGACCGCCAUGAGCUGCUCAUUUAUGAGGAGGUGGCCCGCAUGCCCCCCUUCCGCCGGAAAACCCUGGUGCUGAUUGGGGCUCAGGGCGUGGGACGGCGCAGCCUGAAGAACAAGCUCAUCAUGUGGGAUCCAGAUCGCUAUGGCACCACGGUGCCCUACACCUCCCGGCGGCCCAAAGACUCAGAGCGGGAAGGUCAGGGUUACAGCUUUGUGUCCCGUGGGGAGAUGGAGGCUGACAUCCGUGCUGGGCGCUACCUGGAACAUGGCGAAUACGAGGGCAACCUGUAUGGCACACGUAUUGACUCCAUUCGGGGCGUGGUUGCUGCCGGGAAAGUGUGUGUGCUGGAUGUCAACCCCCAGGCGGUGAAGGUGCUACGAACAGCCGAGUUCGUCCCUUACGUGGUGUUCAUCGAGGCCCCAGACUUCGAGACCCUGCGGGCCAUGAACAGGGCUGCACUAGAGAGUGGGGUGUCUACCAAGCAGCUCACGGAGGCGGACCUGAGGCGGACAGUGGAGGAGAGCAGCCGCAUCCAGAGGGGCUACGGGCACUACUUUGACCUUUGCCUGGUCAAUAGCAACCUGGAGAGGACCUUCCGUGAGCUCCAGGCGGCCAUGGAGAAGCUACGGACAGAGCCCCAGUGGGUGCCUGUCAGCUGGGUGUACUGAGCCUGUUCACCUGGUCCUCUGCCCCCUCUGGGUUCAGACCCAGAACCUGAAUUCAUCCCCUUCCUGACCUGUGAGCCCUGCCACAAUCCUUAACCCCCAUAUCUGAUUCUCCUUGGGUAACAGCUCCCAGCAGGCCCUAAGUGUGGCUUCAGCACAGAGGUGUGCACUGCCAGGGAGGUGGGCAUUCAUGGGGUAUCCUGUGCCCAGGUGCUGCCCACUCCCAAUGCUCAUUAGCCACCAGAUAGCUCUCUCUGAGGGCCAAGCCGUUUGCAGGAAUGUGUCAGAGUCAUCUCCAUAAUGGUUAGUACAGAGGAGAUAAAAGCUGCUUUGGGACCACACAGUUAGUAGGUACACUGUCCCCGCCACCUCUCCCCAGUCACCAGUUCUCCUCUGGACUGGCACCCACCCCAUUCCUGGACUCCUCCCACCUCUCACCCUUGUGUCACAGGAGCAGGCCUUGGGCUGCUUCCAUGUGGCCAGGGGAAUGUGUGGUCCACUGGCAGCCAGGCAGGCCAAGGUGGUGGUGCCAGUGGCUAGAGGAGUCAGAGUGAGAGCCAGUGGCCACAGCUACAGAGCAGUGCAGCUCCCAGAUCCCUCGGAAAGGGGCAGGGUGGUGGGGUGGACACUGCUUGGUCCCUCCCUUAUCCACAGCUUCUCACUGCCGACAAUUCUCCAGACCUCUCUGAUAUAUCCUGACAGAUCAGCCCUGCUCUCCACAGGGCCAGGCUGGCAGGGCCAGUGGGCUCAGCCCAGGUAGGAGUGGGAUGGAAGGCUGAGCCCUGUGACAAGGAACCUGCUGCUACCGACCGAAGAGCCCCAAGCUCUCCAUGGCUCACAGCAGGCACAGGUCUGGGCUCUGUGUCCUUGACCUUGGUCCAUUUUGGUUUUCUCUCUAGCCAAGUCCAGGUAGCCCACUUGCGUCAGGGCUGCAGGGUUGGAGGGGCUGAGGAGUGCAGAGGGGACCUUGGGAGCCUGGGCUUUUGAAGGACAGUUGCCCUCCAGCGGGUUCCUCAUACACGACUCCAGGGGGCGCCAUUCACACUGUAGUCUGCACAGCCUGUGGCUCUGCGUAUAUGCUUGGCGCCUGUCUGUGCCUCUGGCACUGGUGUGUUUGUGUCUAUGUCUGUCUGUCUGUCAGGUUUAGUUUGGGGAGGAAGAAAAGAGUUGUUUUGUUUUGGAGGUCACUCUUUGGGGCCCCUUUCUGGGGGGGUUCCCUAUGAGCCCUCAUUUCUUAUAAGACCCUGAUCCCAGACUCUGAAGCCCUGGUCCUCUCCUGACAUCUCCUCCACUGUCCUAUUGUCCCUGUGCCCUAAAUGCCUCCCUGCUGUCCUUGUGGAAGGCAGUUUUGUAAAAUAGGAGACUCCCUUUUAAGUAAGAAUGCUGUCCUAGACGUACCUGAGCAUCUCAUCCUUCAUUGUUCUCUGCAGUCCUUCCCAGGGUGAGCCUGUCCUCAGAGGGGACAACGUGGGACACCCCAAGUCCAAACCCCUGUGCCUCCCAGUUCCUCUGAGUGUCUAAUUAGUCUUCGCUGCAGCGUCAGCCAAAGCUGGCCCCUGAACCACUGUGUGCCCAUUUCCUAGGGAAGGGGAGGGAGAAUAAACAGAAUACUUAUUACAAAUGUUAGAAUAUAUUUCUUAUAUUAGGAAUCUCAUUUGCAUUUGCAUAGGGUAUACGCAUGGGUGGAAAGGCCAGGCCUGCCCCCAUCUCACUGGUGUGGCUCCACAUGUGCUACGCACUCAUCCUCCUGCUCCUCUUCUCCGUUAGUGUCCUUUCAUCCUGAUUCAGCUCUCCCUGGCAUCACCCUCAGCCUAAGGGAGUGGGAAGGAAAUGGGGUGUUUUCCUGCUGACCUGAGGCCGUGGGGUCACUUGACACUUUCUACCUCCCCUGGGGAACUUGAGGAUAAGGGCAGGGGAGGGUCUGCUGUUGCAGCUGCUUCUGUCCCUAUGGUCCAAAUGACCAUCAUCUUUGAUGGGGAUGGGGUGGGUACCUUGCCCUCAUGGCACCUUCACUGCUAAUGAUGCCCAAGGGACAGGCUGGGGCCCCUUCCCUCCUGUCUCUUCUCAGUUCUUCCUCUCUGAACAGCCUCCCCUGCCUGAGCUCCACUCCAUACCCCUCCCAGGCACCUAUCGGGUGGGAGCAGAAGCUGUCAGUCCUUGGCUCACCUGGGCCAGGGCCAGAGCUAGGUUGGAACAAGUGUGUGUGCCCACCACAUCAGCUCUGUGACUCUGUUCUCCUUUGCCCCUCAUUGUGGACUCUUGUAUUUGAGGGACGUCUGGAGACUGAGGACCCUACCAUCCACUGUCCACAUUCAGUCCCAAUGCCCUUCCUCUGUCCCCUCCCUCAGCCAUCUAAUUCUUGAGUUUUCUUACUGACUGGUUUUCUUUCUUUUCCUUGGAUUAAAUGUGAAAGCAAAG